CAAUCCACAUACAGUACCCAGUCUCAGUCACACAACUUGCAUUUCGAAAUGGCAUUCAAGUUCAUCGCCCUCUUCGCUCUUAUCGCCGCCGCCAACGCCGGCAUCCUGCCCGCCACCCAGGUGUACCAUGCAGCCCCCGCUGUGGCCACCUAUGCUGCCCCCGCAGCAGUGGCUCACUAUGCCGCUCCAGCUGUGGUGAAGACCAUUGCCCAGCCGGUGCUCGCCAAGGCUGCUGAGGAAUACGACCCCCAUCCCCAGUACAAAUACGCCUACGAUGUGCAGGAUUCUCUCUCUGGUGACUCCAAGAGCCAGGUCGAGGAGCGCGAUGGUGAUGUGGUCCGCGGCGAAUACUCCCUGAUCGAUGCUGAUGGCUUCAAGCGCACAGUCCAAUACACUGCCGAUCCCAUCAACGGUUUCAACGCCGUCGUCAACCGCGAACCCUUGGUCAAGGCUGUGGCCGUGGCUCCAGUUGUCAAGACCAUUGCUCCAGCUGUCGCCCACUAUGCUGCCCCCGCCCCAGUUGCCCACUAUGCUGCUCCCGCCGCAGUGGCCCACUACGCUGCCCCAGCUGUGGUCAAGACUGUGGCUCCAGUUGCUCACUAUGCUGCUCCCGCUGUGGCUCACUAUGCUGCUCCCGCUGUCGUCAAGACUGUGGCUCCAGUGGCCCAUUAUGCUGCCCCAGCUGCCUAUGCCACCUACCACCACUAAGCAAUGCCAUUUUGCUAGACGUGUCGACUGAAUCUGAUGAUCAAUGAAUUUAGCCUAAUUUUUGUUGCCAAUUUUAAAAUAAAACUCAC